AUGCCUCACUUGCGCCGGCAACCAAACCCCCACGAUCUCCUUGCGAAUCAAGGCUCCGACGGCCCGGGGAGCCUGCGGGCUCAAUUCCAAACACCUCCCUCCCGGCACACCCCCUCCAAUCCAACCCAUCGACACCCACCAUCCUCUGGCCCCGAUGGUCUCACACCAGAGCCAGCAGUCGUGAUGGCCCCUCCGAGUCACAACCCAUUUUCUAUUUUUGCGCGUGGAAGACAUCAGCAUCAGCCUCCACCCCAACCGCCGCCACCGCCUCCAGAAGAAGAGGAGGUAGAGGAGGAGGAGGAGGAGGAGGAAGAAGAAGAAGAAGAACAUUUCGGUUAUUUCGAUCAUGGGCCAGAUGAUAUGGAACCUGAGGAAGAUAUCGAUGAGUCGGAGUUGUAUGGCGAAGAGGUCGACGAUGGGCUGGAAGAGCAACUAGAGGACGAAGAUAUUGACGAAGAGAUGCACGAUCGAGAGAAAUCGCCAUCGCCAUUACCUCCCAACCUUCGCGAGAUCUCCUCUCUCGCAUCCUGGACCGUCUCCACCUCCAAACCCGGCUGCGGCGUCUCGGCCCUCCGUCACCCUUCACCAAUGCAAUACUGGCAAUCCGACGGACCGCAGCCACAUACGCUCACACUGCACUUCUUCAAGUUGGUCGCCGUCGUACGCAUUCGGGUAUAUCUCGACUUUGAACUAGACGAGAGCUACACGCCUACGAAAAUGAUAUUCUUAGCCGGGAUGGGUGGGAACGACCUUGUCGAAUUCGCCACUUGGGAAGGAGACGGACCCUGCGGCUGGGUAAAUGUUCCCUUGGAAGGUGUCGGCGGUCGGAAUGGGGGUUGGGUCCGUGAGGAGACGGUGCAGCGGAAACGGCGUUCGAAGAGUGCGCAGCGCCAGGCACAAUCCUCGGGUUCCCAAAAGAACCCCACAGCACAAGAAGACGAUAGUGAUGCCCGUGAUGCGGAAGAUGAGGAGUCAGCCAGUCAAGACGCAGACCGCCAGGCAUCCCUCGAUGACCCUUAUACGGGUAAUGUACUGAAAGCCAUGGUCAUUCAGAUGCGCGUGAUGGAGAAUCAUCAGAAUGGAAAGGAUACCCAUGUGCGUGGGUUUCAGGUCUUUGCAUGCGAUGAUACCCGCCGACGCAUGGUGGCUGCUCCGUCUGCUUCGGCGGAUGGUCGGCAUCGUCGACACAGUGCCCGACAAUCGCUUCGGGGAGGUGAUGCACUCCCACAUUCACACGCAGAAGGCGGAGGUGUUGAUCCGAGUAGUCUUAUGGCUGCUUCUGGACUCGACGAGCCGGAUUGGAUGGGCGAGCCGGUGAUCAGGUAG